AUGGCCCUCGUCCAGCAGCAGGCGCCGACGCUCUUCCUGAGCUUCGAGGCGACCCAGACGUUACGGGACUGCCACCGCGUCGCGCCGAAGGACAACGGCACGCUGCUGCGCGACGCGGUGGCGGCGGCGCGGUCCUACGCGCUCUGGGACUACGCGGGCCUCGCGACGCGCGACCGGAAGGCCCUCGAGGCGCGGCUCGAGGAGCUCCAGCGGUGCGACCCGGGCGCGAAGGUCUCCGAGGACGCGUUCGUCGCCGCCGUGAUCCACGGCGCGCGGGUCGGCGUGCCGCCGCGGCCGCGGCCGAAGCGGCUCGUCGACGCCGACGCGUCCUGGGAGGCGUACCGCGCGCGCCUCGAGAAGCUGAGCCUGGGGAGCACGCGCUACGACGUCGCGCCGGGCACGCCGCGCGCGCCGUCGCCGCCGCCGCCCCUGGACGCGGCCGCGCGCCGGCUGCCGGCGGCCGAGCUCGCCGCCUUCUCGCCGCGGGCCGCGCGGGCGAAGGAGGAGCGGGGCUGGGAGCGGCGCAAGGCGGCGCGCGAGGCUCACGUCGAGAAGCGGCGCCAGGACCAUUUGCAGCGCAUCCGCGCCGAGCAGGAGGCCGAGGAGCGGCGGCGCGCGGCGGCGGCGGGGCCCGCGCGCCUGCUCGCGCUGGCGAACCGGGCCAAGGACCCGAUCGGCGACGACGACCGGCGGAAGGCGCACCGCGCGAUCCGCGCGCCGGACCGCCAGCUCGUCGCGGAGAUGCUGGGGAAGAACUCGCCGGUCGAGGUCCUGCGCUUCGUCAACGCCGAGGUCUUCGGCGAGCACACGCAGCGCCUGAGCCCGUCGGGCUGGCUCGUCGACGAGGUCGUCAACUACUACAUGUUCCUGCUGCAGGAGCGCGACGCCCUCGUCUGCGCGUCCGACGGUAGCCGGAAGCCGUGCCACUUCUUCAACAGCUUCUUCUUCACGAAGCUCCUGGAGAACGGCAGCUACAACUACCGCCAGGUCAAGCGCUGGACGAAGCGCUUCGACCUCUUCUCGCGGUCCAAGGUCUUCGCGCCCGUGAACGUGGGCAACAUGCACUGGUGCAUGGUCAUGGUCGACGUGGCGCGCAAGGAGGUGCGCUACUUCGACUCCAUGGGCGCCGGCGGCGAGCCCUACCUCAAAGCGAUGAAGCGCUACCUCGAGGACGAGCACCGCACGAAGAAGGGCUCGGAGCUCGAGGGCGGCUGGACGCUCACGCGGACGACGCGCGACACGCCGCGGCAGACGAACGGCUACGACUGCGGCGUCUUCGCGUCGUUCUGCGCGCACUACAUGUCGCUCACGGAGCAGCUCGACUUCUCGCAGGACGACAUCCAGCACUUUCGCAUCCGCAUGAUGGUGGACAUCCUCAACAAGCGGAUCCACACGGGGGGCGAUGUGUAG